AUGGAUCGCCCGCCGCAUCUCGACAUCGACCUCAACGAGGCGCCGUCCCCGCCGCCGUUCGAGGCCACGACGCCGCGGGCCCCGUCGCCGCCGCGGGAGCUCGCUCCGCCCGCCUACGCCGCGGCCCCGCCCCCGCCGCCGCCGCCCCCGCCCCCGCCGCAGCCGCAGCCGCAGCCGCAGCUCCCUCCUCCUCCCCCUCUGCUGCCUCUGGUCGCGCCCAGCCAGCAGCAGCAGCUGAGGCUCCAGCAGGAGGCCCUCGAGGUGGUGCUGCGGUUCCACCGGCCGCCCGAGCUGAGGAACACCCCGUUUGGGCCCAUAGGGAGCGUGCCCGCCGGGUUGCUCCCUGGCCUGGGGCUGCCGCUGCCGGCGCCGCACCCUGGGGAGGCGGGCUGGGGCUACCCGCCUGCCCCCUGCGCGUCCUGCGCCCGCCAGGAAAAGCUGGGGAAGACCUUCGUGUGCGACGCCUGCGACAGGGGGUUCCAUUCCGACUGCGUCCGCGUCUGGCCGCCUCUCCUGCCCCCGCCCCCGCCGCCCGGGCCCCCUGGCGCGCGGCGGCCCCGCGCCGCGACCAACGAAGACUGGAUCUGCCCCGAGUGCGAGAUGCGUGGCGCUCGCUCCACCCGCUGGAAGCUGGGUCCAGUCCCGCUUGACAUCAACGCUGCCCCGCCGGAGGAACCCGUCGUGGUCACCGCCCACGACAUCAGCAGAACAAAUAUCUCUGGUGGAGCUCAGCUGAGUGUUGCCAGGUUACCACAUUUUGAGGGGGUUUGCUUGAACAAUACUGCUCUUUAUGAUGGGAUGCAGUUUAUGCCACAAUUUGAUCUUGCUCAUUGUCUUGGCAUGAGACAGAAAUUUGCUUCGAUGGACCGAGAUUUAAAUGCUGAUGAAAAUGUACCACAAAGGUCAAUUCAUUUACGCAGAAGAAGAGAUCUUCCACAAACAUCAACAUUACCCAUGGUUGCUGAGAACCAUGAGUUCGGAAAUCCCGGGAUUUUUAUGGAUCCAUCCUUUAUUACCAAGGCAAUGGAACAAAGUACUACUGAAAAUGGAAGUUCGCUAAAGCCUCCAAAAUUUCUUGUGGAGAAAAGUAAUCAUCAGCCACAUCAUCGUACAGUUGCGCUACCUGUUCAAUAUAGUGAUUUCUUUAUUACCAGCUUGGGAGAAAUUGACAAUCGGACAAGCUACCAUAAUUCCUACCAGAUAUGGCCUGUUGGGUUUACAUCUUACUGGCAUGAUAGAGUUACUGGUUCACUGUUUGAGUGUGAGGUAUGUGAUGGAGGGAAUUUUGGACCUUUAUUUAAGAUGAGAAGAUUACCGUGUUCGGUAUUCCAACUUCCGGAGGCAUCAACCACAGUGUGCCCAAAUGUUGUGAGAAAGGCUGAUACAAUAGAAACAAAGGAAAGUAGUGGUGUUGUUGAAGAUACUGCUAAUGAUACUGAUGAUAAUAUUUCCAUGCUCCUAUCGAAUUUCUCUGAGACAAACCAAGAUUUCAUGUCAUGUCUCAGUAACAAUGUGGGUAAAGAGAGUUUAGGGUGCAGUAAUUUACAAACUUUAAAUAUGACAGUGCCAGCUGUACUGUCAGACUCUGGAUCUUUCAGUUGGGCACCGACUAAAGAUGCAAAUUUGCAUGACAAAAUCGGUGACUUUACAUUUGAAGGAACAUCACCUUCCUCAGUCUGGAGGAUGAUUUAUUGUGCUACGAUGGAAGCUUGUGAAAAAAUGUACAAGGAACAUGGCCAUUUGGUAUUGUUCUGCACACACAGUAGUGAAAAAACUUCAUUUGACUAUGGGAGCGGAUCUCAGAACACUGACAGUCCUUGCAAUCUAUUGACUAGAUUUUGCUCAUCAAACGGGCCCAAGAUACCACGAUUUAUAGAAAAGGAGAAUGACGUGGAAUCAACUUGUGCAUUACUUAGAGAAUGGUUGUAUCAGGACAGAAUUGGAUUGGAUUUGGAAUUUGUUCAAGAAAUUGUGGAAUCUCUUCCUAAAUCCAGGGCUUGUUCAAACUAUCAGUUCUUGCGUAACAGGACUGGUUUUAACUCUUCACUGACGAUCGCAAGUGGCGCACUGUUAGCUGUUAAUAAAAGUAGUCCAAGCAAUGGGGAUGUCAUGUCAUAUGGUAGACAUGGAUCUAUGGUGACUGGGCCACAGGAUCAUGCUCAGCCUAGCUCUUUUAGCAUCCGCGAGCUUCCUCCGGGAAAUCCUUUUAGCCGCAAGCUUCCACCAGAAUUGGCAGGAGAUGUUUUCCAGGUAUUGGAGUUUCUUGGACGAUUUGCUGAAAUUAUUGGCCUCAAAGAACUUCCUUCAGUUGAGCAAGUAGAAGAUGAACUUAUUGACCCAUGGCCAAUUUGUGCAAAUCAAAAGGACAUUCAAAACCACAGGGAUCAUACUCCACCAAUGAAUUCACCUGCAAAUGUUUCUACAUCAUAUUCAAAUGGUGAAUCAGGUCUAACUACUAAUGAAGAAACAGCAUCUGUGUUUAUUCCUGUUGAAACUUCUUCAACAAGUGAAGCUGUUCAAGAUAAGUUGGCUGCUGAAACACUUGGAAGAUGUAGUGGUGUAGUGUUGCCUGAGAUUCACCUUGCACUCUUGAAGGUUCUUUUUACUGAGCUAGUACCGAGAGUUGCAAUUUUUGUGGAUCCAAGAAUUGAUUCGAAGGAAUCAAAAUCCAAACGGGGAAGAAAGAGGGACACUGAUACUCUAACAAGAGAAUUAAAGAUUGAUAUGCUGACUGCUAACAAAUUAACUUGGCCAGAGUUGGCUAGAAGGUAUCUUGUAGCUGUUUCUUCCCUGAGUGGCUGCAUGGAUUUGUCUGAUAUUUCUAGUCGAGAAGGAGUGAAGUUGUUCCGCUGCCUACAAGGUGAUGGUGGUAUCCUGUGUGGAGCACUACCUGGGGUUGUUGGCAUGGAGAAGGAUGCAUCGCUGCUUGCGGAGGCUGAAACAUUGAUAUGCAAUUCUUCAGCGAAUGAAGGGAAUAAGGUCUUUAUGAUGGAUUAUAAGGAUAGUGACAUUGUAGACUCCCCUGAGGAGCCUGCUUGUGAUACUGCAUUACCAGAUUGGGUGAAAUCUCUGGAGCCUGUGAGAAAAUUGCCUACUAAUGUAGGAACAAGAAUAAGAAAGUGUGUUUAUGAAGCUUUGGAGAGGAAACCUCCAGAAUGGGCAAGGGAAAUUUUGGAGCAUUCAAUCAGUAAAGAGGUCUACAAGGGUAAUGCAUCUGGACCGACCAAGAAAGCUGUCUUGUCUGUCUUGGCGGAGGCCUGUCGUAAAAAAAUACCCCAGAAUCCAGAAAAACCAAGAAAAGAGAGAAAUAUUAUCUCCAUCUCAGAGGCUAUAUUGAAAAAGUGCCGUAUUGUCCUGCGACGUGCUAUUUCCUCCGAUGAAUCAAAGCCUUUUGGCAAUUUGCUUGGAACAACUCUAACAAAUUCCAAUGAGAAUGAGGAUGAGGGCAUUCUUGGAUUUCCUGGUAUGGUAUCUCGCCCUUUGGAUUUCCGCACAAUUGAUAUAAGGUUGGCUAUGGGAGCUUAUCGUGGAUCCUUGGAGGCUUUUCUUGAUGAUGUACAAGAAGUAAUCCAUAAUCUGCAAACUGCAUUUGGGGAUCGACCUGAAGUGCUGGUAAUGGUUGCUGCGCUGUCUCAGAGUUUUGAGUCAUUGUAUAAGGCAGAGGUACAAGACCUUAUUCAAAAAUUUGACAAGUAUCUAAGCAACGGGAAUGGUAAUUCUGAAAUCCAUGACGAAUUACAAGAUGUUCUCAUGGCAGCAAACAACAAGCUGCCCAAAGCUCCAUGGGAAGAUGGUGUCUGCAAAGUCUGCGGCAUCGAUCGAGAUGAUGAAAGUGUCCUUCUGUGCGAUAAUUGUGACUCCGAAUACCACACUUAUUGCCUGAACCCACCACUGGCACGCAUACCAAUUGGAAACUGGUAUUGCCCGUCAUGUUUGUCAGGACAAAAGGAACCGAAUGUUGAUCACAAUACUCAUGUUUUAAUGCAAGAAGAAGGCAAGUGUGUUGGGGAGGAAGCUCGUGUUUUUCUUGAGAGACUCAACAAGUUAGCUAUGGCCAUGGACGAGAAGGAGUACUGGGAGCUUAGCGUACCAGAGAGGAUAUAUUUACUGAAAUUUUUAUGUGAUGAAUUGCUCAACACAGCUCUAAUCAGGGAACAUCUAGAUCAAUGUUCGGACAAAUCAAAUGAUCUCCAGCAGAAGUUACGUUAUCUGAAUUAUGAACUGAAAGAGUUGAAGUAUCAGUUAGAAAUAAGAACUUCAUAUGCUACACAAAGUAGAUGGAUGAAAAAUGAUCAUGUAAGCAAUAGCUCAGGACUAGUGGAGAAUCAGCAGCGUGCUAUGCCCACAGCAUCAGAGCAUCUUGAAGAGGCUGAACGGGUUAAUGUUGGAGUUAACCUAAACACCCCUGCUGAAGGGUCUCCUACUGGGCAAUUGAAUGUGGGUAAACCUCACAGUGCUGAUGACAUAUCCAGUACAUCUGUUAUUGAAGGAAAUAAAUCUUCGGGACUUUCAAAACAAACAUCAGAGAUGGUUAUUGACCGGAUUGAUGGGGGCUCUAUUGGUGAAGUGUCCCAAAGUUUUGAGAAAUCAGUAGGUGAUAUCAAUAUGGGAGAGGCUCAUUCUGCUACAGUUGUCAAUGCACCAAAUGGAGAGUUGCCUGAUGAAAAUGCUGGGACACCAUCCCAAGAUAACCUUGAAGCGUCGACAACUAAAUUGGCCGACCAUGAUAACCUUGAAGCGUCGACAACUAAAUUGGCCGACCAUGAUGCUGAUAACAACGAAACAAAUAACUUAUUGGAUAGGAUUUCACAGUUGCAGGAUUCCAUUAGCACAGCAGAGUUACAGCUCAGUAUGGCAUCCUUGAGAAGAGAGUGCCUUGGAAGGGAUUCUGUGGGUCGAUUGUACUGGGUUACAGGAAGACCUGGUAAACGUCCUCGACUGGUCGCUGAUGGAAGCAUGCUCAUAGCCAAGGACAGAGACAUCAGCAUGGUUACCAGUUAUCCUCAGUCUACAUUUGAUUCUAGAGGUUGGAAUUCAGCAUCAAUUGUUGUAUAUGAAUCUGAUGAAGAAAUCAAGUGUCUUGUUGACUGGCUAAGGGACACUGAUCCAAGGGAGAAGGACCUGAAAGACUCUAUCUUGCACUGGCAAAAGUCUCUUUAUCACCAAGCUAGUUUUCCUGUCAGUGAUCCUCCAGUGUCCAACUCUUCAAAGAGUGAACCACUUAGGGACCUUCCAGACACCAAGGCUUUUAUAGUUCUGGAGGAAAAAUAUGGCAUGCAAUUAGAUCAAGACACUAGUGAACUAUCCAAAAGGAUAGGAAGGAAGACAAAGUCGGGUUCUGAAGAAAGAAUAUAUCGCUGUGACUGUUUAGAACCUGUAUGGCCUUCUCGACACCAUUGUUUAACUUGUCAUGAGACUUAUCUCACAUUGGCAGAAUAUGAAGGGCAUAAUGGUGGAAAAUGCAACAGCAGUAAUGACUCUCCUAAUGAAAGCAAAGAAAAUGAUGAGCCAAAACUGAAGGGUACCAAGUCUGAUAUAAAGGAAAAAGAUCCUGUAGAUCAUAGUUGUUCCGCUGAGCCAUCUAACAAUGGAAAAUUGGACCCAUGCCCUUUUGACUUCGACGAAAUUUGUAGAAAGUUCAUCACAAAUGAUUCAAACAAGGAGACGGUGAAGGAGAUUGGACUCCUUGGAUCAAAUGGAGUUCCAUCUUUUGUCCCUUCACCUGCAUUUUUCGUUGACCCUCCAGCUCUGCUAAGUGAAAAUAAAAGAAAGGAUGAUGAUAUCCCAAAUGAUUGGACUUCCUCUUUGGAGGAAUGCCAGGCAAUGUCCGCCAAAAAGUCUGGGCAAGAGGGAUCCCAAGCUGGUCAAGAUUGUCCUGGCAACGCAGGUGAUGAGCAGAUGACAAAAUCUAAAAAGCCUUUUAGGGAUUCUACUUCAGCCAAGGAAGCAUCUUCUUCAACAGACAAACCAACAAGAUUACUAACUAUCAAUGGGGGCUUGGUUCCAGAGUCAUCAUUGAUGCCUGUGAUAGGCAGGAACUUUCAUAUCCUUAAGCAGCUAAAGAUAAACUUGCUUGAUGUAGAAGCAGCUUUGCCUGAGGAAGCAUUGAGAGCCUCGAAGUCUCAGCAAAUAAGAAGACGUUCAUGGCGUGCUUUUGUGAAGAGUGCAGAAUCAAUAUCUCAUGUGGUAUUGGCAACCAACUUCUUGCAGAGCAUGAUAAAAGCCGAGUUCCUGAAGAAAGAUUGGUGGUACUGGUCCUCCUUCACAGCAGCUAUCAAGACAACGACCGUAACAGCACUCGCUCUCAGGAUCUACACCCUCGAUGACUGUAUCAUGUACACAAAAGAUCCUGCUCCAAACCCCGAGCCAGCUGACAAUGCAAGAUCUGGAAACAAGGGGAAGAGAAAGAGAGAUGCUGAUUCAUGAGCAUCAUGAUGGAGGGAGGGUGCUCCUGUCUCCACUGUAGAUUCUAAAUUUAGAAGCUUCUCAGUUCUCGGCAGCAUAACAAUGCGUUCAGGUAGAUUUGAGGUAUAGAUGAUAGAGAUACAAGUCAUCUUGGUUACCUUAGGUUGUGGUGUCCCAGCAAGGGUGCAGCCUUGUUUACCCGUUUCGGUCUCGUCAUAUUUACCUGCCCACCACCGUGCGACUUCUGUUGUUAAGGGUCAGAAUAAUCUGUAAAUUCUGUUCAAGGGAUGGCACCGGUAAGUGCUGGCGUUUAAACUUAUCCGGCAGGAGCAUCGGCGAAAAUUUGCCUGUUCUGGGGGUUUAGAUGAGGUAUUGCUAGGUCGAUAGGAUUGAUCUCCCAUUUCUACCCUGCUUGAUUUAUUUUAGUGGCAGCAGUGGGUAGUUCUCAUGUUUUUUUUUCUUUUUGGUGCCGGGCAUUGUGUUCAGGAUGUCCCUGCAGCACCUGACUGCGUUAGGGCAUUGACACAUGACGAGUGUAAUAUUUUUUUUGACAUAGAAGUUGUAACUAAACCGAAACAAAUAAUGAAGAAUGAAAAUGAAUCCCUAUCCUGUUUCCCCGUU